UGCUUGGUACCAAUCUGCAGCAAACUAAGAAAACUUUGUUUGAUCAUGGAUAGUAAUGCUAAAUCUAACCCUACCCUUCACCUUCAUUUUGCUCACUAUUUGCUCUUUUUGUAUUUGGCCUCUUCCUAUUACCUCUCUUUUGGUGAUGGACUUCCAAUUCUGAAAUGCAUUGAGAAAGAAAGGCGUGCACUUCUCAGCUUUAAACAAGAUCUUACCGAUCCUUCUGGUACACUUUCUUCUUGGGUUGGUCAUGAUUGCUGCCGAUGGAAAGGGAUUUUAUGCAAUAACCUCACAGGCCACGUUUCGAAGGUGGACCUCCGGAAACGAGUUGGCUUCUUUGGCAAGUCACGGUUGCUGUCAAUUGCUCCCAUUGAUGAAGAAGAUUGGAAGGAGUUGGCUUAUGAGCGGUCUUCAAACUCUAGUUUGGGGGGUAAGAUAAAUUCUUCUUUGCUUAGCUUGAAACACUUAAUUUACCUAGACCUAAGCAAGAACAAUUUUCAUGGCAUUCCCAUUCCUAAGUUUUUUGGUCAGCUUAAAAGUUUGCAAUAUCUCAAUGUCUCCUUUGCAUCAUUUGCUGGAGAGGUUCCCUCUUCUCUUGGUAACUUGUCCAAGUUGAGCUAUCUUGACCUUAGUAGUGAUUUCAUUUCGCCAUCGAUAGUAUCUUCCAGUCUCUCCUCUUCUCUUGGUAACUUGUCCAACUUGAACUAUCUUGACCUUAGUAAUGAUUUCAUAUCUUCCGGAAACUUGAAUUGGCUAUCUCAUCUAACUUCCCUAAAAUAUCUGAAUCUCAACGGAGUAAACCUUGGCAGCACAGGAGCUAGUUGGCUACAUGCUGUUAACAUGAUGCCUUCAUUGUUAGAGUUACACUUAUCUUCAUGUGAAAUUGAAAACCUUCCACUCUCAUUGCGUUCAAUUAAUUUCACAUCACUUUUGAUUCUUGAUAUCUCAAAAAACGAUAUUCGUUCUUCAUUUCCCAGCUGGUUCUUCAAUCUUACUAGCCUCAGGAAACUAGAUCUAAGUUAUAAUUCUGUCACUAGUCCCAUCCCUUCUGAGUUUACAAGCAUCAAAUAUCUAGAAUACCUUGAUUUAUCUGGUGAUGAGCUCGAGGGUCAAAUUCCAGAAUUCAUUGGAAAUUUGUGCAGACUAAAGAUCUUAAAUCUUAAUGAAAACGAAUUUGUUGGGGGGAUUGAAGAGCUUUUGAAUGGUUUCUCAAACUGUUCAGAAAAUAGAUUGGAGUCACUGGAUUUGUCUUAUAAUAGACUUGAGAGCGAAUUACCUGCCUCCUUAGUCAUGUUACAUAAGUUGCAGCAUCUUAACCUGGGGUUCAACAAUUUUCAAGGCUCAAUUCCAGAAUUUAUUAGAAAUUUAUCAUCCUUGAAAACACUAAGCUUCAGCUAUAAUCUUAUGAACGGUUCUAUUCCCGAAAGUUUGGGACAACUCUCUGAGCUAGUUCACCUGGAUUUGUCUUGGAAUUCAUGGAAAGGUAUUUUAACUGAAGCUCAUUUCAUAAAUCUCACACGAUUAGAAUAUGUUGCAAUAGGCACAAAGCCAGGCCAACCUAUGUCCCUCAUUUUCGACAUGGCUGAUGAGUGGCUUCCUCCUUUCACACUUCACACAGUUAACAUUAUCAACUGUCAAGUAGGUCCUGCAUUUCCCUUAUGGCUUCAAUCUCAAUCUGAACUAUCCUCAAUCACACUUCGCCGUGCUGGAAUCUCAGAUUCCAUACCAGAGGACUGGUUUUUGAAGAUAUCUUCCCAAGUUGAAUAUUUGGAUUUAUCUUAUAACCAAAUAUUUGGAAAGCUUCCAUCCCAACUGAAAUUUCCAAAUUUACAAUCUGUAGAUUUGAGUCAUAAUCAAUUAGAGGACCCCCUUCCACUUUGGUCCACUAAUGCCACCAUUCUUGACCUUGAAAGCAAUCUAUUUUCUGGGCCAAUUCCAUCGAACUUCGACCAGCAUUUUCCCCAAUUACAAAAACUGCAUCUUUCUGAGAAUAAUUUGAGUGGUAUUAUUCCACCCAGCAUUUGCAACAUGAAAAGUUUGUCAAUCCUUUCCCUUAGGAGAAAUCAGUUAUCUGGAGAUCUUCCUCAAACAUGGAGUGUUUGCCACAAAUUAACGAUUCUAGACGUUGCAAACAACAAUCUCUCUGGUAACAUUCCUAGUACAAUGGGGGUCUUAAGUUCUCUUCAAGUAUUAAAGCUGAACAACAACAAUUUUGGCGGUAAAAUUCCCUUUUCGUUACAAAAUUGUUCUGAUUUGGAAACUAUUGAUCUUGGUGGCAACAAAUUUUCGGGGAACAUACCUUUGUGGAUAGGAUCAGAAGUGUACAUGUUGACUAUCCUAAGGUUGCGAUCCAACAAUUUAAGUGGACAUAUCCCGCAACAAGUGUGCAAUCUUCGCAACCUUCAAAUACUAGAUCUUGGUCACAACAACUUAUCAGGGACUAUUCCCAAGUGUUUGAAUAAUAUCACUGUUUUAACAUCUGUGAAUACCCAAGGCGGCUUACCAGAUUAUAAUCAACAAACAACAGUAAAUUCAAAAGGAAGUGAACUUGAAUAUAAUAGGACCUUGUUCGCGGUAAGGAGCAUUGAUCUUUCAUCAAAUAAUUUAGAAGGUGAAAUCCCUGAAGAAAUAAGCAGCCUCAUUGCAUUGGGUACCUUGAACUUGUCAAUGAAUCAAUUAAGUGGAAACAUUCCCUCGAGAAUUGGAAACUUGCGUUGGCUGGAAACACUUGAUCUCUCACACAACCAUCUUUCGGGACAGAUACCUCAAGGUUUCUCUUCUUUAACCUCAUUGUCUCACUUGAAUUUGUCUUAUAACAAGUUGGUUGGAAGAAUUCCUUUGGGCAACCAACUUCAGACACUCGAUGAUCCAUCCAUUUAUGAAAGGAAUCCCUCAUUGUGUGGGGUUCCUCUUCCCAAGUGCCCGGGAGAUGAUACUUCCACUACCAAGGAAGCAAAAGACAAUAUUGAAGAGGGAAAUGAUAAUGGAGUGUUAUGGUUCUAUGUGAGCUUGGUACUCGGCUUUGUCGUAGGCUUUUGGGGUGUUUGUGGCACAUUACUCCUAAAGAAGUCAUGGAGGUAUGCUUAUUUUCAAUUUUUUGAUGACAUCAAAGAUAAAGUAUCACUAGCAAUUGCAUUGAAAUUGGCUCGUUUGCAAAGGAAGUUUAAAGUGUACAUGUUGAAUAUCCUAAGGUUGCGAUCCAACAAUUUAAAUGGACAUAUCCCGCAACAAGUGUGCAAUCUUCGCAACCUUCAAAUACUAGAUCUUGGUCACAACAACUUAUCAGGGACUAUUCCCAAGUGUUUGAAUAAUAUCACUGUUUUAACAUCUGUGAAUACCCAAGGCAUCUCACCAGAUUAUAAUCAACAAACAACAGUAAUUUCAAAAGGAAGUGAACUCGAAUAUAAUUGGACCUUGUUCGCAGUAAGGAGCAUUGAUCUUUCAUCAAAUAAUUUAGAAGGUGAAAUCCCUGAAGAAAUAAGCAGCCUCAUUGCAUUGGGUACCUUGAACUUGUCAAUGAAUCAAUUAAGCGGAAACAUUCCCUCGAGAAUCAGAAACUUGCGUUGGCUGGAAUUCUCUCACACAACCAUCUUCUGGGACAGAUAGCUCAAGGUUUCUCUUCUUCAACCUCAUUGUCUCACCUGAAUUUGUCUUAGAACAAGUUGGUUGGAAGAAUUCCUUUGGGCAACCAACUUCGGACACUCGAUGAUCCAUCCAUUUAUGAAAGGAAUCCCUCAUUGUGUGGGGUUCCUCUUCCCAAGUGCCCGGGGAGACGAUACUGCCACUACCAAGGAAGCAAAAGACAAUAUUGAAGAGGGAAAUGAUAAUGGACUGUUAUGGU